AUGGCCACGACUGGCGAUGGAGCUCGCCGGUUUAUGCACGCCCUGGCGGCGAUGCUUCUCGUAGCGUGCUCCUUUCCCUGCGCCGUGGGGGACGGUUCCAGCGCUGCGGCAGUGCAACAGAAAGCCAAGGCUCUUCGUGACGCCGUGGAAGGCAACAACAGAGCGCCUCCCGCAGCAGAACCUGUUGUUGUAGCUCCGGAACGGGAUAGCCCAGGGUCGCUCUUGGAUCGCGGUACUGCGCUGCUGUAUGCAGGAAAAUCCAAGGAUGCGGUGGCCGCCUUGGAUGCGGCGAUCACUGGGUGGGAGGAGGAGAUGGGGUCGGAGAAGCUGAAUAGCGAGGCGGCUGCGCUCACGGCGCAGCGCCUGGGAGAGGCUCUGGCGCUCGAGGGGGACCACGAGCGCGCUGCCUCGGUCUUCGGCAGGGCGGUUGUCGCGAGCGAGGCUCUGUUCGGGGUAAAGAGCACUCAGGCCGUGGCGUGUUUGACGGGCCUCGGGCUCGCCUUGUUCCGGCAGGGCCAACUGUCAGACGCAGCGUCCACGCUUGGGAGGGCGCUGAGCGUCCACGCGCUCAGGCCGGACGAGGGCAUGGUGACGUCCACCCAAGACGUGACCAAGACCCUGGACGGCCUGGCAAAAUCACUGAUUCGCCGUCCCCCGGAGGGGGGCGAGAGCGAGCUUGGCGGGGCAUUGCUGGCCGUGGACCACAUCAACCCCCUCGCGGGGCGCUAUUUCGUGCAGAAGCUGCCGCAUCAGGGGGAGUCCGUUCUCCAAUCACUCUAUGUGGAGAAGGAAGACGCUGGGUCGUCGGAACCUUCCGCGCUGAGAGACCUCGUCAUCUCCGCGUUACUCUUCAACCUGGGAUUCCUCCGCCUGGCGGUCCUCGGGGAGUUCAGUUCCGCCGCAAGCGUGCUGCAGCAGGCAAUCGAGCUCAGGAAGGCGGUGCUCGGAGAGGCGCACAGCCUCACGAUGCAGGCGGUGGUGAGCCGGGGCUGGGCCCUAACGCUCACGGGGGACACGCUGCUUGCCGUGGAGGAGCUCACCAGCGCGGCCGAGGCGCUGCUCUCGGCCGGGCAGCCACAUGCGGCCGACAGACUCCUCCGCCAGGGGUUGCAGCAAGGGUACGACCCCCUUGGGGGCGCCACCUACGCCCACGCCUGCUACACGCAGCAUUCCAACAUGCUCAGGGCUUGGGGUAGUGAGGGUAUUGCCAAGGCGGACGCCUUCUGUUUGAAUCAAUUGAACAUCGCGAAAAAGGCCAGGCUUACUGGAAAGGAACGUCCGAUGAAGCGUGCAACGAGAACUCUUGCCGUAGCGGUGCGGGCGCAGAUUGAGGAUGAGACGGAGGGAAGGGAGCUCCUGAAGCUCAACCCAAGCGACAAGGAACGAUUGUGGGAGGAAAUAGGGCUGCUUCUAAAGUGAUAAAUAGCUCCUUGCUGCUUCUCGGCAACUACGUCGACACUCAGCUCGGCUUCGGGUUCGUCCGCGCUUUUAGUGGGGGAACACAGGGCCGAGGAUAGUCGCGAGAGGCACGAAAGGAACUUGUAGAAAUUGUAGAAAAUAGCCAUAUUUCUGCUAGGGCUGCUACAACGCAAACUGACGC